UUUCAAUCCCCCAAACCGUAAAGAUUAAUCCGAACAAUGUCUCCUCAACACCCUAUAGCUACUGCACCACCGGUGCCACCACCACCUCCGCCACCGCAGCAGAGGCGAAAAGGUCCCGGAAUCAGGGCAUGGCUCGUCGUCUCUGUAUCUGGAAAUUCACAUCUUGAAGAGGUUGGGAAGCAGUUGAUCAUGCGCAGAACUGGGCUUCCAGCUCGUGAUCUAAGGAUUCUUGAUCCUGGGCUUUCGUAUCCCUCGACGAUUCUUGGUCGAGAGAGGGCGAUAGUUGUGAAUCUUGAGCAUAUCAAGGCGAUUAUAACUGCAACUGAGGUUUGGGUUCCUAAUUCCAAGGAUCCUUGGGUUGCACCUUUUGUCCGAGAUCUUGAAUGCCGCGUCUCCAAUCUGAAUGAAGCGACGGGAAGGGCGACAGAGGAAUCGGGAUCGCCACAGUUUCAUGCUUCUCAUCAGUCUUCUCAACGGUUUCGAAGAUCCACUUCUGAGAGCCCUGAGGUAGAGAUGCUUGAAACGAAUGGAACUAGGAGUCCCAUGGCUUGUGGGGAUGUGCAAAUUAAAGGUUCGCCUAAGUUGUUGCCUUUCGAGUUCCGGGUUAUUGAAGUUUGCUUUGAGUCUGUUUGCGGGAGCCUUGAAGCUGAGACCUCCACAUUGGAGCAGGAGGCAUAUCCAGCUUUAGAUGAAUUGACCUCUAAAACGAGCACACAUAAUCUCCAACGAGCUAGACAUAUAAAGAGUCGUCUAGUUGCAUUAUUUGGGCGUGUUCAGAAGGUUAGAGAUGAAAUUGAAAAUUUAUUGGAUGAUGAUAUCGACAUGGCUGAGAUGUAUUUGACAGAUAAACUCUCCGAUCUACAAUUUCAACAAGAUGAGUCAAAAGAUGAAAUAGAGAAAGAUAAUGAUUCAUACAAAUUAUAUGAUGAAAGUGAUGAAGACUCACAAGAUAACAAAACUAGCAGCGAAAAAGUUACUGGUUUUAAGCCAAAUGUUGAAGAGUUGGAAAUGCUGCUAGAAGCUUAUUUUGCACAGAUAGGGCGAACCUUGAACAAGCUGUCAGCUUUGAGGGAGUAUGUCGAUGACACUGAGGAUUAUAUCAACAUCAUGCUGGAUGACAAACAGAAUCAGUUGCUACAGAUGGGAGUUUUGUUGAGUACGGCAACUUUGUUAUUAAAUGCAGGCAUAGUAGUUGUUGGUUUAUUUGGAAUGAAUAUCCACAUUUCUCUCUUUGAUGGUGGGCAUGCUGAAUUUUGGGAGACCGCCCUUGGUACUGUUGUGGGUUCUGUAGCUUUAUAUUUUAUAGCAUUCUACCUGGGUAAGAAGAAAGGUCUGUUGGAGUGAUGAAACCUCCCUUUCUAUAAAUCUUAUGAAUAUGUAGUUUGGAGAUCUUGCUGUUACUGUGCAAUAUUAAUGUAUAAAUUCUAGCUUAUGUAAUUCUAUUUUUUAUUUAGUUUGCA